GGCCAGCUCAGCUUCCUGCUCUUUCUCAGCUCGAUUCUACAAUGGCAACGUCGUAUGAGCCACAGCCCCUUCCUAGCGACUUCGUGCACCAGUCACCAACCGUCGUCGGAGCAAUGAAUAAAUGUAGACAAGCGGAAGCAAUCAUCAUGCGCGACCUGGAGAACAACACCGCUAGCGCAGACCUGGUGCUGCAGAAGAAGCUCGUCAACGUGCGGGUUCUAGGACACCUCCUAACCGUUGUGCCCACCAGUGCUGCUCAAGCUUACAUCGCCCAGCUGGCCGACUCUUGUCAAGAUGAGCAAGCACUUGUCGAACUGGGCGAAUUCUACGACAAGUACUUCAUCCGCGUUUGUAA